AGCAGGAGGGAGAGCACAGGUAAGGCCUGGGCACUGGGUACAUGCUGGGGGGUAGCUGCACCAGUGCAAACCCCGGUCUCAGGGUAAGAUGGGCUUGCACUGGUGCUUCUCACCCCAGUAUGUGAUGCAUCUGUGCAAAUCCCAGUUUGCACCAGGGGAGCAUGUCUACUGCGGUUUGUGUCUGUCCCGAUUUGCACGGGGGGAACAUGUCUACUGCAGGUUUGUGUGUCCCGAUUUGAACAGGGGGGAGUGUGCCUACCGCAGGCUUGUGUCUGUCCCGAUUUGCAGAGGGGGAGUGUGUCUACCGCAGGCUUGUGUCUGUCCCGAUUUGCAGCGGGGGAGUGUGUCUACCGCAGGCUUGUGUCUGUCCCGAUUUGCAGCGGGGGAGUGUGUCUACCGCAGGCUUGUGUCUGUCCCGAUUUGCAGCGGGGGAGUGUGUCUACCGCAGGCUUGCAUCUGUCUUGAUUUGCAGUGUGGGAGUGUGUCUACCGCAGGCUUGUGUCUGUCCCGAUUUGCAGCGGGGGAGUGUGUCUACCGCAGGCUUGUGUCUGUCCCGAUUUGCAGCGGGGGAGUGUGUCUACCGCAGGCUUGUGUCUGUCCCGAUUUGCAGCGGGGGAGUGUGUCUACCGCAGGCUUGUGUCUGUCCCGAUUUGCAGCGGGGGAGUGUGUCUACCGCAGGCUUGUGUCUGUCCCGAUUUGCAGCGGGGGAGUGUGUCUACCGCAGGCUUGUGUCUGUCCCGAUUUGCAGCGGGGGAGUGUGUCUACUGCAGGCUUGUGUCUGUCCCGAUUUACAGCGGGGGAGUGUGUCUACUGCAGGCUUGUGUCUGUCCCGAUUUGCACAGGGGGAACGUGUCUACUGCAGGUUUGUGUGUCCCGAUUUGAACAGGGGGGAGUGUGCCUACCGCAGGCUUGUGUCUGUCCCGAUUUGCAGCGGGGGAGUGUGUCUACCGCAGGCUUGUGUCUGUCCCGAUUUGCAGAGGGGGAGUGUGUCUACCGCAGGCUUGUGUCUGUCCCGAUUUGCAGAGGGGGAGUGUGUCUACCGCAGGCUUGUGUCUGUCCCGAUUUGCAGCGGGGGAGUGUGUCUACCGCAGGCUUGUGUCUGUCCCGAUUUGCAGAGGGGGAGUGUGUCUACCGCAGGCUUGUGUCUGUCCCGAUUUGCAGCGGGGGAGUGUGUCUACCGCAGGCUUGUGUCUGUCCCGAUUUGCAGCGGGGGAGUGUGUCUACCGCAGGCUUGCAUCUGUCUUGAUUUGCAGUGUGGGAGUGUGUCUACCGCAGGCUUGUGUCUGUCCCGAUUUGCAGCGGGGGAGUGUGUCUACCGCAGGCUUGUGUCUGUCCCGAUUUGCAGCGGGGGAGUGUGUCUACCGCAGGCUUGUGUCUGUCCCGAUUUGCAGCGGGGGAGUGUGUCUACCGCAGGCUUGUGUCUGUCCCGAUUUGCAGCGGGGGAGUGUGUCUACCGCAGGCUUGUGUCUGUCCCGAUUUGCAGCGGGGGAGUGUGUCUACCGCAGGCUUGUGUCUGUCUUGAUUUGCAGCGUGGGAGUGUGUCUACCGCAGGCUUGUGUCUGUCCCGAUUUGUAACGGGGAGUGUGUCUACCGCAGGCUUGUGUCUGUCUUGAUUUGCAGGGUGGGAGUGUGUCUAUCGCAGGCUUGUGUCUGUCCCGAUUUGCACUGAGAGGAAGUGUGUCUACACAAGGCACGCAUCAAUGGAGUUACACUCAGCACACUUCCUGUGGCUUGCCAAGCCCUGAGAAGGUGCCACCUUUGCAUUGACUGGUUCCCAGGAGUUUCCCGUAGGCCAGGGCAGCUGGACAGGGCUCAGAAUGGGGAACCGUAAGCCAGGGAACACAAAGCGGGGUCCUGACUCAAAUUCCAACAGACAGGGACCCCAGGGCUCCAAGGAGGGGCGGGGUCCGCCAGCUGGGGGACACGGUUCAGUUUCUGCAGGGUUCCUGGCUCAGGAAACGCCAUCCAUUUCCGGGGGGAUUUCCCCGGAGCCAGGGCUACAGGAGCAGGCCCCACAUCGAACAUCAGAGAAGAUGGUGAGCAGCACGGGACAGGAACCAGAGAAGUCUGGACGAGUUAACCUAGGAGCCCCUCCAUGGAGGGGCCAGACCUCCUGUUCUCUAGAGCAGUUAAUCCAUGCCCUCCCCACCCCGCCCCACCCCACUGUGAGCACAAGUGCCAGGGCUGCCCCAGCGCCUGGCAGGGCUGCCCAGGUAACAGACAGCGGCAAGUGUGGUUGCU